CUUAUAAUCUUAAAAUAUAUAAAAAAAAAUAUCUGCAGUCGAUUCACCAUCCGUGCACUCACACACGUAUAUAUAUAUAUACACAAAACAAAUAUUUUCCCGAAAAAAUAAAAAAGGAACUCAGAAAUUUCUAUAGCGAACGAAAAUCUUCGGCACUUACCAGUGGAGAAAACGGCCGGAAACCUCCGAUCUCGACGGCGGCGGCAGAAGAAUUGAUCUAAUUCCUACGGCGGAGCUUUAGCAGAAUUGUUUUGAAGAGCGAUUGAAGAAGAGGGACUACUAGGAUUUGGAAAAUGAAGCCGUCGGCGAAGCCGAUAUCGAGCCCUGGCCGGACGGAGAAAUUUCCGCCGCCGUUGAUGAGGUUUUUGAGGAGCAAUGUGGGGAGCAAGAGCAGAGGGCGGUCGCGUUCGAGCCCGAUGAUGUUCAUGAGAAAGAAGAACGCCGCCGCCGCCGCCGCCAUUGAAACGCAGGAGCCCUCCUCCCCCAAGGUCACCUGCAUCGGCCAAGUCCGAGUCCGCCGCUCAUCCACGCGCCGUCGAAGCCGCCGUUCAGGAGUCCCCACGCGCCGCCGCUGCCGCUGGAUCCGAGCUGCUCUGUUUUGCCCCUGUUUUCGGAGGAAAUCCAAACCCAAUUCUUCUCCGACGGUUUUUCAGAGAUGGGUCUCGUUUUUCGGGUUCCGCCGAAAACCCAAAAUCAGGAAGAAUUCGCCACCGCGUGAAACCGACUUCCAUGGCGGCGUUAAAAAUUCCGACCAAAACUCAGACCCAGAAACCGAAGUCGCGGUCGCCGCCGUGGACGACGAUGAAAAAACAGCGAAAGUGUUAAUUUCUUCCGAUUGUUCGCCGCCGAAAAACGCAUUGUUACUAACGAGAUGCAGAUCCGCUCCAUAUCGAUCGACAUCAUUAGCCAGUAGAUUUUGGGGCUCUCCGAUGAGAAACGAGGAAAAUCAGGAGGAGGAAGAACAGAGCACGAAGCCCAACAAUGGCGGAAAAACGGUGGGGAUUGAGAAACCCACAUCCCAAAGAGCCUCAGUUUCGGAUCAAGAUCCAAGUGGGGGCCUAGAAUUCGAGGAGGACGAGGAAUUCGUGAAGAACAUUGAGGAUUCAAUCAGAGAAAGAAUCAUCAAAUCGGCCAGUGUCGAACGGAUAAAAACAGGGGAAGAGGAAGGGCCCGGUAGCUCAUCGCGGCCGUUGAUUCUCACACGGUGCAAAUCUGAGCCGUCGAGAACGGCGGAGAAGAUGAACCCAGAAGUCGGAUUCUGGAAAAAGAGAAGGUUGGGGAUUCCUGAUUCAUGCUUACCAAACAAUUUAUAAAUUAAAAAAAUAAAAGAGCACUCUUAAAUUCAAAUCUCAAUCCCAUUACUGUUCCAAUUCUUUUUUCUUUUUUACCUUCACUAUUGAAAGAUUAUUUCUUUUUCUUUUUGGGUUUUGUGUAAAUUUUCUCGUCUUUGAAGCUGUGGGAGAGAAUCUCCAUGGCUUCAUUCCCAACUGAUGAAACUGUGAAAUUUUGUUAAUGGGUUUUGUUCAUUUUCUCUGUGCUCCAUAAAUCCAAAGCUUCUGUAAUUAAUGUUUCUCUCUCUUCUGUGAGUACAUGAACAUGCAUAGCCAUGGCAUUUAUUUGCACUUUUCAGACAGACCCAACAACUUUUGGGGCUGUUUAUCAAAAAGAUGGGAUUGGAAAUUGAAUUAAAUGGUUUUUUCUUUUUUUUGGUUAUUUUAUUUCUUACAAGUUGUUGUAACUUCUAGGAGUGAUGGAAUGGGGGAUUAAGUAAAAGCAUCUUUGGAUA